AUGGCUGCAAAGUUGAGUAUGAAGCUUCUUAUUGAUAGAGAAAGCAAGAAAGUAUUGUUUGCUGAAGCAGGAAAAGAUGUUAUAGAUUUCCUCUUCAACCUUCUUUCUCUACCACUUGCAACAGUCAUAAAUCUCCUCUCCAACUCCAAGAAUGGCAUGGUCGGAUCUUUGAGUAACCUUUACAAGAGUGUUGAGAAUCUGGAUAAGGCCUACAUUCAACCAGAUCAGAAUAAGGACACACUUCUCAAACCCAUUCCUCCUCUGGCUCAGGCUCAUUUGUUGCUGCCAGACACUGUUCUAAGUUCAUGCAAUGUCAAUGUUAAAUUAUACAAAUGUACCAAUAUGGGUCAUGGUUCUUAUUUUGUUAAAGAUCCGAACCUCACUUGUCGGUGGUGCAAUACAAAAAUGAGUUUACUUGAUGUUCCUGAUGAGAAUAAGGCAGCGGUUGGUGCAGUAGAGACUGUGGAAGGUGGUGGUGGUGGUGGGUUUGUGAAGGAUAUGAUGACAUACAUGGUUUUGGAUGAUUUGGUGAUUAAACCUAUGUCCACCAUUUCUUGCAUUUGUUUGUUAAACCAGUUCAAUGUUAAAGAUAUUGGAAAUCUUGAAGAGGAGGUGGUUUGUUUUGGCAUGGAUGAGGGUUUGAAGAUGCUUGAAGCUUCACUGAAAGGGAAAGAAGUGCUUACAAUUGUUUUCGUUUAA